AUCCGGAGUGACGUAAUAAGCCCAGGCACUACAAAUCCUGUGGCCCCUCCAUGCAGCUCCCCACAGACUCCUGUGACUCUCUGCAGUGCCCAGGGCCUCUCAGCUCCAGUGUGUCCAAGGUUGCUUUGAAUACCAGAAGAAAUGGCUGUCGUUACUGGAACAUUCCGUAUGGUGUCGGAGGAGGAGCAGGCCCUCAGGGCCAAGCUGGAGCGCCUUACGGUCAAGGAUCAUGGCCCUGUGUUCGGACCGUGUGCUAAGCUUCCUGACCACACCAUGCAGAAGGCCAAAGAUGAGCUGAACGAGACAGAUGAGAAGCGAGUGUCAGCAGCCAAGGAGCUGCGGGCCAUAAUCAAGGAGAAGGCGGAUGCAGGAGACGAGUUGGCCAAGGGGGUGCAGGACACCUUUGGGGAGAAGCCCGACUCUACACUGGUGCGCUUCAUCCGUGCCAGGAAAUAUGACGUGCCCAGAGCCUUUGACCUCAUGAAGGGUUAUGUGCGCUUUAGGAAGGACUACCCUGAGCUGUUUGAGAACCUGACCCCCGAGGCGGUGCGAAGCACCAUUGAGGCCGGCUACCCAGGCAUCCUGUCCAGCAGGGACAAGUACGGCCGCGUGGUGCUUCUUUUCAACAUCGAAAACUGGGACUACGAGGAGAUCACCUUUGAUGAGAUUCUGCGUGCCUACUGUGUAAUCCUGGAGAAGCUUCUGGAGAACGAAGAGACUCAGAUCAAUGGCUUCUGCAUCAUUGAGAACUUCAAGGGCUUCACCAUGCAGCAAGCCUCUGGCAUCAAACCCACUGAGCUUAAGAAGAUGGUGGACAUGUUGCAGGACUCCUUUCCUGCCCGCUUCAAGGCCGUGCACUUCAUCCACCAGCCCUGGUACUUCACUACCACCUACAAUGUGGUCAAGCCCCUCAUGAAGGGCAAGCUGCUGGAGAGAGUGUUUGUUCAUGGAGAUGAGCUGGACAACUACUACAAGGAGUUUGAUGCCGACAUCCUGCCCUCUGAGUUUGACGGCAAGGGCUCCAAGUAUGAUGGCAAGGCCACAGCAGCAAAGCUGUUUGACUGAACAUCAAACCCCCCGCAACCGCUCUGAACCGGGAUGAGACCUUCUUACACACUUGCACAAUUGGAGCAACAAACUGAACUUCAAUCUAGCAGAGUGGCUUUAGAACAAGUUAUGUAUAAAAUAUUGUUAUGGGUGCUUAUUGCCUUGUUGAUUUCAAUGUCAAUGGCCAACAAAACCCUUUCAACAGCACAGAAACCAUUGUAGCAUUAGCUUUGCCUUGUGGGCUGUUAUCAUUAUUUUGAGGCCCUCUACAAUCAAAUUCACACUAUGUUGUUCAGAUAAGAUUGCCUUUUUCUGUGCUUUUGUUAUGUCCUUUAUUUGACCCACACAAAAUCAACAGGCGCUAGUAUUUAUGAUAAACCUUAUUUUUCAGUAGGCCCCCAUCCUUAGGUAAGCCUCAAAUCCAACAAGUGCCUGUCUAGUCUAUUCUUUUGGUUUCAUUUGGAAAUGUAUAUGACGGACAAAAAUAAAUCCUAAUUUGGUGCAGGGGCUUAACAAUGACACCUCUGAAAAACUGUACAAUAAAGUGUAUAUAAAGAUGA